UUGAAAACUCUAGUAUAAAAUAUUUAAGUAAAAAAGAAUUUUAUGAAUGAACCCACGGUUUUUAAUUAGAGUUAAGCAAAAAUGUCUUCAUAUAAAGUAUUUUAAAUUUAAGGGUACCAUUCUUUUAACCUCCCAAACCACUGAGUCUGGAAUGUAUUGUCAGUAAUUCAUUUUGAAAAUGGGUAGACAGAAGAAUAUCCCUUAUAAGAUCGCUGCCAUUGAAGACAACUGUAAUUACAGAGAUUAUAUACCAGUGUCCAAAAAACGCAAACGAAAAUCACAUAUCAAAAAAUCUAUGAACAGAUUUUUCAAUGUUGAACUUGCAAAAACAGAACAAAAACAGUUUUAUAUAGGGGAGCUACUGAUUGGUGAAACGAAUAAUAUUUUCCCCAGUGAAUAUACAGAUUGUCGAGUUUCAUUCAAAAUUUUGAAUGAUGAUGAUCGAGAUAAUGAUGAACUAGAUACAGUAAUCAUUGAAUGUGAUAAGGUUUCAAUGGUUAUCAUUAAAAUCUAUGAAGACAUCAACUUUCUCAAAGACUUGUUCACUUUGAAGAUUUUUUGUUUCGAUUUUUCUGUUCGAGAUGAGAAAGUGUAUUUAUCGAUGUAUUUCAAAGCAUUACCACUGCCAACGUUUCAUAGUAGGAUAGGAAAUUGCAUAAAAACACUUUUUUCAUUAAUUUAUGAAAUCGAUUUAUAA